UUCUAAAUAACCUAUCUCAUUUCCAACGACCAAAGCCAUCCUCAAGCCCGAAACAACCCACAUUCCAAGUCCGAUCCCAUACCCUCGAGCACCCCCAACUAUCUCUCCCACCAUGAAUGAGAUUCGUAAAGCCAACCACGCCAUCCUCGCCGCAGUACUGGCCCAAGAACCCCCUCCCCGCCAUUUCUGGGCACUCCGCCGCCUACGAGUCGAAUUCGGCAAAGCCAUAGAAGAUGGCCCAGACUGCCCGGAAUACAAUUUCAUGUCCUUCGCACCCGUGUCCCCGGACAACCCCUACGAUAUCAUCGGAACCAUAGCUGGACCGAAGGACACACCAUAUGAAGAAGGCACCUUUCAAAUUCGGAUUGGCAUCACAGAACACUAUCCCAAGUUGCCACCCGAGUGCACGUUCAUGACGCGGAUUUGGCAUCCUAAUAUUAACUCUCAAGGGAAGAUCUGUUUGAAUAUUUUGCAGGACGAAUGGAGUAUGGCCCUUUCUGUGAGGACGAUCUUGCUGUCGAUUUCUUCGUUGCUGUCGGAUCCGGGAUUGGGAGUGGUAGAGGUAGGGUUCAAGUGUGUGUUGAUGCCCGAGGCUGGGGAGAUGUGGAUGGUGGAUCGGGGGACGUUUGAGGAGAUGGCCAGAGAUUGGACGGGCAAGUAUGCGGUGCCGGUGGAGGACUAAAUAUAUACUUGGAUAUUUGAUCUUACUCUGGGCUCUGAUGUUGGGAAUGGCUACGGACUGAUCUGUAGCCACUCUCUGAAGAAGUAGAUAGUUG